CGGCUGGGGGCGCCGUGGAGGCGGGGCCGGGUCGGGCCUGGCGGCUCCAAGUGGCCCUGCGCGGGCUGAAGCCGGGCAGCUUGCCGGUGAAGCGCUGGGGGGCGGCCCAGGGCUGAGCAUGGAGCAGAGCGGUGGAGGCUUCAGGAGCGGGAGUCGGGCUGGCCAGGCCUGGCUUUCCAGACGCCUGGCUCUGGCUCCAGUUCCCUGGGUGUCUGGUUCACAGGGCCAGCUGAUGUCUCUUCUGGAUUCAGGGGCCCCUGGCUUCAUGUGGUUCCAGGCCCUGGGCUCACUGGGUCUGCCUUGUCUACCUGACACCCUGGGGCCUCUGAGUCUUUGUCUCUUGGGUCCCUGUCUCUCUGAGUCUGUCUCCUCCCCUUAGUUUUCACUUUCUCUGUGCUCGCUGAAGUGGGGAAAUGCAGACAGAAGUGCCAGCCCCCACUACCCCCUAAGAAACCCCUUCCUCACUUUCUUUCAUGCUCAUGGUCUUAGAGAGGGCAGAGGAAGGGAUGUUCCCUCCACUUUGCUCAGGGCUGGCACUUGUGUGGUGGACACUGCUCACCCCACCCCGACUCCCAGCGCCUCCUCCCUCUGUCUGGACAUCUUCCUGCAUCUCAGGGUUUUCUGACGUGAGUGGGGCGGUAGGGGUGGGCUUGUGGAACUCAAGCAAGAAAGAAGGGGAGCAGAUCAGGCAAAGGAGUCAGACAACGUCUCUCCUCUCCCACGCUCCGGUUCCCCUGGAGGCCCCCGGCCAGGCCAGAGCUUCUGCCACUAUGGCCAUUGUGCAGACUCUGCCAGUGCCACUGGAACCCGCUCCUGAGACCGCCACUACCGCACAAGCUCCAGCCAUGGGCAGUGUGAGCAGCCUCAUCUCAGGCCGGCCCUGCCCGGGGGGGCCGGUUCCUUCCCGCCACCAUGGCCCCCCUGGGCCCGCCUUCUUCCGCCAGCAGGACGGGCUGCUGCGGGGUGGCUACGAAGCACAGGAGCCACUGUGCCCAGCUGUGCCCCCCAGGAAGACGGUUCCUGGCACCACCUUCACCUACACCAACGAGGACUUCCGGGCAGAGUCGCCCUCCAGCCCCAGCAGCGACAUUGAGGAUAUGCGGGAGCAACGAGCACGAAAUGCCCACCUCCGUGGCCCCCCACCGAAACUCAUCCCUGUCUCUGGAAAGCUGGAGAAGAACAUGGAGAAAAUCCUGAUCCGCCCAACGGCCUUCAAGCCAGUGCUGCCCAAACCUCGAGGGGCACCGUCUCUCCCCAGCUUCCUGGGUCCUCGGGCCGCCGGACUGUCUGGGAGCCAGGGCAGCCUAACGCAGCUGUUUGGGGGCCCUGCCUCUUCCUCCUCUUCCUCCUCCUCCUCAGCUGCCGACAAACCUUUGGCACUGAGUGGCUGGGCCAGUGGCUGCCCAUCGGGGACGCUGUCCGACUCCGGCCGAAACUCACUGUCCAGCCUGCCCACUUACAGCACUGGGGGUGCCGAGCCGGCUACCAACUCCCCAGGUGGGCACCUGCCCUCCCAUGGCCCUGGGCGGGGGGCACUGCCGGGGCCAGCCCGAGGAGCCCCUACUGGGCCCUCCCACUCGGACAGUGGCCGGUCUUCCUCCAGCAAGAGCACAGGCUCCCUGGGGGGCCGCGUGGCUGGGGGCCCCUUGGGCAGCGGUCCCCGGGCCUCCCCGGACAACAGCUCCUGUGGGGAGCGCUCCCCACCACCACCACCACCCCCUCCACCCCCUUCGGAUGAGGCCCUGCUGCACUGUGUCCUGGAAGGGAAGCUCCGCGACCGGGAGGCAGAGCUGCAGCAGCUGCGAGACAGUCUGGACGAGAGCGAGGUGACCAUGUGCCAGGUGUACGAGGACCGGCAGCGGCACUGGCAGCGGGAGCGUGAGGCCCAGCGUGAGGAUGGUGCAGCCCAGGCGCAGCGGGCACAGCGGGCACAGCAGCUGCUGCAGCUGCAGGUGUUCCAGCUGCAGCAGGAGAAGCGGCAGCUGCAGGACGACUUUGCACAGCUGCUGCAGGAACGUGAACAGCUGGAGCGGCGCUGCGCCACCUUUGAGCGGGAGCAGCGGGAGCUUGGGCCCAGGCUUGAGGAGACCAAGUGGGAGGUGUGCCAGAAGUCAGGCGAGAUCUCCCUGCUGAAGCAGCAACUGAAGGAGUCUCAGGCAGAGCUGGUGCAGAAGGGCAGUGAGCUGGUGGCCCUUCGUGUGGCCCUGCGAGAGGCACGGGCCGCCCUGCGGGUCAGUGAGGGUUGGGCACGGGGUCUGCAGGAGGCAGCCCGAGCACGGGAGCUGGAGCUGGAGGCCUGUUCCCAGGAACUGCAGCGGCACCGCCAGGAGGCUGAGCAGCUGCGGGAGAAAGCUGGGCAGUUGGACACUGAGGCGGCUGGACUCCGAGAACCUCCUGUGCCACCUGCCACUGCUGACCCAUUCCUCCUGGCAGAGAGUGAUGAGGCCAAGGCACAGCGUGUGGCAGCCGGGUUUGGAGGCAGCCUGCGGGCACAGGUGGAGCGGCUGCGGGCUGAGCUGCAGCAGGAGCGGCGGCGGGGUGAGGAACAGAGGGACAGUUUUGAGGGGGAACGGCUGGCCUGGCAGGCAGAGAAAGAGCAGGUGAUCCGCUACCAGAAGCAGCUGCAGCACAACUAUAUCCAGAUGUACCGGCGGAACCGGCAGCUGGAGCAGGAGCUGCAGCAGCUCAGCCUGGAGCUGGAGGCCCGGGAGCUCGCUGACCUGGGCCUGGCCGAGCCAGCCCCCUGUAUCUGCCUAGAGGAAAUCACUGCCACCGAAAUCUAGGGUCCUUGGUGUCCCAGCUCUGCAGGGAGCUCUACUGAAAGGGAACAGUAGCCUCAGGUCCACUGAGGUCCCCAGAGCCUCUUGUCCCCUGGCAUAUAGGACUCUGGGCCUCUAUCAAGAACCCAGGGCUGUCCUAUGACUUGGAUGAGCAAGAUCAGACGCCUUGGAGGUCCCUGUGUUCACUGUCACCCAGAGGCUCCUACACACUUGACCUGUUUCACUCCCCACCUGUUGCCAGUGCCACUCCGCCAACUCCAUUCACCGCUCACCAGGUCAGCCAGCCAGGGCCUGGGGAGAGGAAGGGGCUGCUCCCCCACUCCGAAGCCGGAGAGAGCCAGGCAGCACCAGCUGCUCCAGAUGUGCCUGCCCCCACCCUGCCUGUGUGGGGGACAGGGCUGGGACUGGGGUCUGACCCCCAGCUUCUAGCUCUGCAGCUUCCCCCCUGGUGGUGAGGGGGCUGUAGUCAGACCAAAGGAAGAACUCAGAAAUGUCUUGUUUAAUGUGACUGGAUGGCCCCUCCCCACAACCUGGUUUAUGGCCUCGCUUUCACUUGUAUAUUUUUUACACUGUAAAUUUGUUGUACAAACCCAAAGAAAAAAAUUAAAAAUUUUUGUUUUGU